AUGGCUCCGAUGAGCACAGUAUUCAGUGAUGCUCAGUAUAUCGAAGUCAAAGGAGUUCAGGGAACCAAAAGGGCCGAAAGUCUAGAGUCCCCAGCAGCUCUUCAUCCCAAAAUGGCGCCAAACGUAGAUAUCAUUGAUAUUCGCCACGAUGCGGUCGAAAUCAGUCUCAAGGAUGAAAUCUUGAACUCUUUGAACCCGCAAGAAGGCCCAAGACGGCUUCCAACACUACUUCUGUACGAUGAGCGAGGUUUGCAGUUAUUUGAAGAAAUAACAUACUUGGAAGAAUACUAUCUUACCAAUGCGGAAAUCGAGGUCCUUACAAACUCUGCUCGUAACAUUGCAGAGGCCAUUCCAUCUGGCUCCAUGGUUGUUGAGCUAGGCAGUGGUAACCUUCGUAAGGUAAGUAUUUUGCUUGAGGCUCUUGAUUCUGCUGGCAAGGACAUCGACUACUACGCCCUGGAUCUGUCUCUGAAAGAGCUACAUCGGACGCUUGAACAAGUACCUGAGUUCAAGCAUGUCAGAUGCCAUGGACUGCAUGGCACAUACGAUGAUGGACUGGACUGGCUGAAAACGCCAGAGAACAUUUCUCGUCCGAAAUGUGUAAUGUCUCUUGGAUCCAGUAUUGGGAAUUUCUCCCGUGAGGGUAGUGCCCAGUUUCUGAAAGGGUUUUCAGAUAUUUUGCAAGCUUCAGACUCGAUGCUUGUAGGACUGGAUGCAACAAGUGAUCCAUCGAAGGUUUACCAUGCGUAUAAUGACCGCGAGGGAAUUACCCAUAGGUUCAUCAUGAACGGACUUGUCAACGCAAAUGGCAUAUACAAAGAGAAGGUUUUCGAACUAGAAGACUGGAAAGUGAUCGGCGAAUAUGUGUUUGACGCCGAAGGUGGACGCCACCAAGCCUUCUGCUCACCCGUCCGCGAUGUGAGCAUUAAGGGGGUUGAGAUCAAGGCUGGAGAAAGGAUCCAAAUCGAGGAAAGCCUGAAAUAUUCUCCAGAAGGGGCGGCUCAGCUUUGGAGGGCCUCAGGAUUAGUUGAAAUGCAGCGGAUGUCAGCCUCAUCUGACACAUACAGCCUUCACUUACUCAAGCGAAACAUGGCGUUCAAAACUGAUCCCUCGUUGUAUGCUGCUUCCACAGUCCCAACCAUGGAAGACUGGAAGGGCUUGUGGAGUGUCUGGGAUUUGGUGACCAGAGGCAUGAUCCCCGAGGCCGAACUGAACGAGAAACCCAUCAAGCUCCGUAAUGCUUGUAUUUUCUACCUGGGACAUAUUCCAACAUUCGUGGACAUCCAGCUCACUAAGGCUACGAAACAGCCCAUGUGUGAGCCUUCGUACUACCCCAAAAUAUUUGAAAGAGGUAUUGACCCAGACGUUGACAACCCCGAGCGUUGCCACGACCAUUCCGAGGUUCCUGAGGAGUGGCCACCAGUCGAAGAAAUACUCGUAUAUCAAAAUCAAGUCCGGGCUAAAAUUGAGAAACUCACAACUGCCAAAACAGUUCCUCGUGAAGUUGGCAGGUCUUUGUGGAUUGGAUUCGAGCAUGAGAUCAUGCAUCUGGAAACUCUUCUCUAUAUGCUUCUUCAGAGUGACAAGACCUUGCCACCAUCUAAGUUCAAGCCUGACUUCGAAGGAAUGUCAUCCAUAGCUGAAGCCGCCAAGGUUGAUAAUGAAUGGUUCGAUGUUCCGGAGCAAAGGAUCACUAUUGGACUCAAUGACCCGGAAGACAACUCUGGUGGUGAUAGCCACUUCGGAUGGGACAAUGAAAAACCUCCUCGGACUGUCCUAGUACCAGCAUUCAAGGCCCAAGCAAGGCCCAUUACCAAUCAAGAUUAUGCUCGGUAUCUGGAACAGACUCACAGCUUUAGCAUUCCAGCUUCUUGGACUGGUGCAACAGCGAGUCCAAGCCAUACAAAUGGCCAUUCCCACGUGGUGUCGAAUGGGAACUUGAACACUCUUGGAGGCAACAGUUCUUUACCUCUGACACAGGCAUACCUCGAAGGCAAAUUUGUGCGUACCGUGUAUGGUCUGGUUCCGCUGAAGCAUGCCUUACACUGGCCAGUUUUUGCUUCUUAUGACGAGCUUGCGGGCUGUGCCAAAUGGAUGGACGGGAGAAUUCCAACUUUCGAGGAGGCUCGAAGCAUUUACAGCCAUGUAGAUGGUCUGAGAUUGAAAGAGGCGGAGCAGCAUUUAGGAAAGACUGUUCCGGCUGUCAAUGGUCACCUCGUCAAUGAUGGAGUUCAAGAAAGCCCGCCAUCACGCACUUCUCAACCUGGUGAGGGCUCGCAAGAGCUAUUCACCAAUCUAGAAAAUGCCAAUGUUGGAUUCAAGCAUUGGCACCCUGUUGCUGUGACGGCCAAUGGCAACAAACUUGCUGGCCAAGCCGACAUGGGAGGUGUGUGGGAAUGGACCAGUUCCCCACUCGCAAAACAUGAAGGUUUUGAGCCCAUGAAACUGUAUCCUGCAUAUACAGCCGACUUUUUCGACGAGAAGCAUAAUAUAGUCCUAGGAGGCUCGUGGGCAACUCACCCACGUAUUGCAGGGCGCAAGACCUUUGUCAACUGGUAUCAACGCAACUAUCCGUACGCUUGGGCCGGAGCUCGACUAGUCCGCGACCUGUAGACUGGAUUUGUGGAAGCUUACCAGUUCAACACUGGGCCAGCAAGCUUGAUGUUUCAAUGGGCAAAUCAACUUUGCGAGGGUCCAGAAAAGUGUCAAAAGUAUCUGGGUGUGGCUGGUU